AUGUGGGUUAGGCACAUUCCACUGUCGAUCGGAAACGAUGCCUGCCUGGACUCUGCGACGACGUACUACAUCGAGAGCAUGAUGAGCUUCCUUUCACCGAGCGACGCAAGUCAACAGAGAGCUUGCGUAGCAGGUUCGAAAGCCUUGCGAUGUCUUAGGGAGGCUGUCACGUAUCACACAAAGGACGACGAUCCCAGUCAAUUGCUUCUCACUAUUGCCCUUCACCGAUACGCGGAGAUCGUUGAAGCAAUGAUCCAGGGCAGAGACUCUCUGUUCGAUACCCAAGGACCUUACCUCGCUUCGCCCUCGAUGAAUGGUAUAAAGGAUGCUCUGCUGGCUCUUCAGGAUCUAUACGUCCGCAUAGCACGCCUUGUUCGACUAGUACGAGCCGCGGGCCAAUGCGAAGCCAGGCCGCAUGACACCACACUCGAAGCAUUCACGUUAGCGGAGAGUCUUCACGCGUCCUCAGCGGAAACUUGCAUUCUCCAAGCUCUGGCGGAAGAAGUAACGUCCCUACGACCCAGGACGGCUCACAAUACCUUGCUUCCGCUUUGCCUAGAUGGAGAAGCUCACGACUUCCGCUCCCUGGAAGGCUACAUCCUCGCCACACAGUACUGGGCCUACCGUAUCCUCCUCUGCGGUCUACUGGACCACCUCUUGAGCAACCACUGGCCGCCGCCUGCAAAUUUGUCGAACGUAACCCUCGAAGGCAUACGGUCGCUUCAAAUGGAUGCCGCAAUCAACGUAGCCAAAAGCGUUCCAUACGCCCUUGGUCUCUCGCAUGCCCACCCGGUGCGAGCGGUACGGUUGCGGCUCGCUUUGCAGGUAGCGUACGGAGUGUGGUGUCGGCUGGAGCGACGACAACGUUCUCAGACCGCACCGGACUACGAUCUGGCCGUGGAGAUGAAGCAGUGGACUCUCGAGACGCUGGCACGAAUCGAUGCACUAUGGGGUUUUGAAGAAGACAUACAGCACGACAGCUUGGAGAGGGCUUGCGAAGCAGCCGCGGGCGGGAUGCUAUGGCAGGACGACCUGAUGAGGUGGAGAGACUGCCGCUAA